AUGAGGUUCGGAUCUAUUCUUGCGGCCUUCGCCGCUCUGUCUCCCAUAGCGACCGUUCUCGCUGUUGGGGAAUGUCACAUCACCAUAUGGGAGGGUAAAACGCCUAUCGGCACUGAAAUUGCCAUUGAAGGAGGCGAAUACGUUACGAUUGCAGGAUAUCAAUGCAACGCUGGCGCGGGUUGCACUGCUCACUGUAUAGGUUUGCCCAAGAACUUAAAGGAGCGAGGAGUCUACCACGGUGAAAUGUAA